AAACACUAAAUUGGCAAUCUACGUAUACUUCUGUUUUAGAAAUUGUGAUUGUAUUACAUAGUUGAGCAUUAUAAAGCAAACGCUGACUGAAUUCUUACUGCGCACCUACAAAUGAGAAAGUAUAUUAUCGCUGGUUCACUUUAUUUUUGCAUGUCAAUGCAUAAAAGGACCAUAUGUGUGUGACCAAACAUAAAUGCGUACAUUUUAGAUAAAAAAUUAUAUGUUUUGUAGUUUAGAAUACAUUUGAAAGAGCCGUCGUGUGGAUAAAUCUUCAACGAUCAACAGACUCAUGGGGGUUUUAUUGUUAGUCGUGGUGUUUACAAUCAAACAGCAUUUCAUUUAAACUUUAGAUUGUAGUAAAAUUCCUCACUGGAAAUUUUUUUUUAUUUUCAAAUGAAAUAUAAUGAGCUUUCAAGUAACUAGCUAUAUAUACUCUGUAACCCAAAAAUCAUGUCCAUUUCUUGUUUAUGAUGAUAUGUAUUCACAAAUAAAACAAGUAUAAUCUAGAAAUGUGUUUCAAAGUAUCAACAGCCAUUCAGAUGCGUUUAAGUUAUGGAUCUUAUUCAACAUACUUUUUAACUGUAAUUUGAUGUAUGUCAAUCCAUCACAGCCUUGCAAGGUUAAUAUAAGGUUCAUAUCUUAAAGGAAAAGUAUAAGAGGCUAAGAGAUAUUUUAGAGAGAUGAUUUCCCGUUACAAAACAUAUUAUGGUAACCAUUAAUGUAAAUAAUUAAAGGGCAAGACUUACAUUCUUGAACAUGCACUAUGGUAUUUUUGUGAAAACUGUGGUUACUACGGUAAAUAAGAGGUAGAGGACAAUACCUAAGUCAUUCUCCUUCACAAUAGCAACAAAAGAUGUACUAUGAUAAUUUGGUGCAAACCAUCGUACAUUUUGUACUUUUUAUACUUAAAUAUUUAUUUUACACCAGACACAUAAACCAUACUAUCCUAUUCAGGUGGAAACUGUUACAGUUGUACAUUCUGUAAUGGAUAAAGGUCAAUACUUAAAAUUCCUUCAGAGUGUAGUAGAAGGGUGUGCCACACGCUUUAGAGAAGAACCAGCGCAUGAUCAGACGUUGUGCGAGACAGAUCAGCGUGAACUUUUGCUUUAUUUUAUUCAAAGCCAUUCGUGAUCGAUUGGAAGCAAGCCCACCCUGACUCACACUGACCACUCAAAGGUUGAGAGGAAACAAGGACUGACACAUAGAUAUUUUUGCUGUUGAAACUGAAAGAUGGCCGAACAACUGCAGAAACUUGUUGCACAGAAGAAGGAUGUUGUCGAGACGGUCAUGGAAGUGUUUGAGCAGGGGGCGGAAGUGGUGGCCAGCAUCGCUGGAGAUCUGUUCCCCGUGUUCUCCAUCGCAGCUCCGAUCGUAAAGCUGGCUCUGGAUAACGUGGAAAGCAAAGAGGCGGAGUACAUGAAGGAGCAGUUCCAGAAAGUCCGAGAUCGUCUAGAAGUCGUCUCUGAAGAAGUCCAGCAAAUAAACCAGGAGAUCAAGAAGAGCGGUGUAGAUGCCACCUAUUUCUCCGUGGAGGAAAAUCUGACCAACCAAUUCCGCAAAUUCAUGGACGUCCUGAAUGCGAAACCUAAAUUCAGGGAGGUCAGAAAGAAAACGUUCCUGGAUCACUUCAACAGGACAGGCAGUGAUAAAAAUCUGCACACUUUAUAUAAUGCCGUAACCGGAGAUAACUUCUCAGGAGAGUCUGUGCUGGAAAUCACUCUGAACUAUGAGCAAAAGAGCCGUAGGGCAGUGGAGGAGUUUUGUGCUACCCUCAAAAAGUUGUUCUGCGUCGGUUUGAUUGCUUUACUGGGACAUGCAGCGUUGAAAGGCAAUGAUGAUGAGGAGAAGCUGCUUCAAGAGUGGAGCGAGAAGAUGAAAGUGGUGCAGGAUAAAAUGAAUGUCGUGAUCGAAGACUGCAUCAAUAGCUUUCCGACGCAGGCCGAGCUGGAUGCCAAACGCAUAGUGAGAGACCAAAGCGACAAAAGCAACCAGCAACUGGCCGACUUGCUGGUAGAGCACCUGAAAAAGAAGUACGACUGGGUUUGCUGGUCAGUCCGCGUCUUUAGCUCCCCCACCGGCUUGUUCACCAACAAGAAAGACUUCCACGGUUUAACGGGAAAGAGUCGCUUUCAAGUGCCGUCGUCAGAUGACAAGCUAAACGUUGUGGUCUCCUACAGCGCCUCACCUGAACCUGUUGAUAAAGCCCGGAUACAGAGCCUGAUUUUGGAGCAGAAGAAGAUCAUGAUGACGCCGUUGGCUGAACUGCUUUUUGAGACAAUCCCUGUCAGUGUGGUUCACACAAUCAAGACCUCAUGCAAAGAGCUGGGCUUCUCCAGCAGCUUCUCGGACGAGCUGCACUUCUUUGAGGAGUUCAAGAACUACUGUGUCUUUCUUCAUUCUGCUUAAACAAAGAGGGGAAAUAGGAAUAGUAUGAUUAACAGAAAUACUAUGAUUAAAUCACUAUAAUUAGACUAUGACCAAAAUCAACUAUUGUACUCUACACUCUUUCUUUUUUCAUCUUUUUUCCUAGUUUUUUGACCUUUAUCUCUGCUUGUUUUAAAGCUGUAAAUGAACACUUUAUUAUAUCAUAUUUGUGUUUUAAUAUACCAAGUGUGUCAUACUCCCUUAUUAGUGUAUUUUUUGGGUGAUAGUAGGGUUUUAGGGACAAGGCUGGUAAAAUAGGUCAGGCAGCUCACCAACAGACCGUCCACGUUCACUGAUUGUAUGCAAAAUGUUUACACAGUUGUGGUUAAAAGUUAAGAGGAAAAGUUUUCACAUUUUUAACAUUUAACAUUUUUGACAGAAAUAUUUCUAGGUCUUUAGAUAUUCUCAAGCAAAAGUUUUUCCCCCCUUUUUUUUAAAUAGUUACUAUUUUACUAUUAUACUAUUUAAAAUAGUUUAAAAAGUUCUUACCUUAAUAUAUGCAUAAAGUAAGGAGUAAGAAUAAAUAAAUAAAUAAUACAUAAAACCAACAAAAUUAAAGAACAAAGCAUAGCAAAGCAUAGAAAAUAGGUCUCAUUUUUUUUUUCGCUUUAUUAGUUUGUCUGACCUAUUAAUACUUUUAAUAUUUGGAUGGACUUUUGAUUACAAAGUCUGUGCACAUUUUUCAACUGUGUUUUCUGUGUGUUAGCAGGGAUUGCUGCAUCUUUUUUCUGCGCCAAUCUAUUAUUGUGCUUUAAUCUAUAUCAGAUUUUACUUGCCCAUAAAUGGCAUGGCAAAACAACACUUUACCAGUCAGUCAGGUCUCUUUCUGUCUAAGUAGGCAGUUCUUGCCUGUAAUUUACAAGUAAACUAGACUGUCUGGUAAGAUUACUCUAGAACAAAUUUCACUACCAUCAAAGGUUUAGACAAAAAACCUGCACAAGUGACCACUAUAGAUUCUGACUGAGCACUCUGAGUACUCUAUUGUUCCUUAAUUAAAUACAUGCAUUUAGCAAGGAUGCAAUAAACUGAUCAAAACUGACAGUUUAGACAUUUAUAAUGUUAUAAAAGAUUUCUAUUUCAAAUAAAUAUUCAUUUAAAAAUCAACAGUGGUAAUAAAUGUUUCUUGAGCAGCAAAUCAGCAUAUUAGAAUGAUUUCUGAAUGAUCAUGCGAUACUGGAGAUAAAUAACGAUGCUGAAAAUUCAGCUUUGCAUCACAGGAAUAAAUUACAUGUUAAAAUAGAUUCAAAUGUAAAACAGUUAUUUUAAAUUGCAAUAAUAUUUACAAUAUUACUGUUUUUACUGUACUUUUGUGUCAAAUAUGCAGCCUUAGUGAUCAUAAGAAAUUUUCAGAAACAUUAAAAAAUCAUACCAACCUCAAACGUUUGAAUGGUUGAAUGUUAAGUAAUCAUAUUAGCACAUUCCUGAAGUGUAUUAAAGUCCCUUCUACACAUCAUAGAUGACACAACAUCGAAAUUUACGCUAUUUACUUUACUAAAGGAUCAUUCUAAGUGAAACUAUCAAAGUAGAAUCUGUCAAAUCUGCCUGUUAUUAUCAGACAUACAGAUGUGGUAAAGAAGUAUGCAACCUACAUUUUCUCUUGCUAUUGUUUAAUAAAACAAUCCAUAAAUCA